UUAGUGUCAAAAUCUGUCUAACAAGAUAUAAUUUUGAGAAUAAAAUGUGCAAAAAGUGGGAUUUACUAAGCCGACUGAACUUUUGUACUAGAUACAUAGCUUGCAUUUUCUGGGCAUGCCUCAAUAUAGUCAUUGGAUUCUGUUUCAUUCCUUUAUUCGUGGAGUUCGUAAAGCAACAAAAGCUUCCAGUUGCAGUUCUGGUUAUUGGUUGCAUAUGUGGAGCCAACUUUCUUUUAUCUGGUUUUAUGCUCUUAAUUGGAGUUUUGAAGGGUGUCCGCUGUCUGGUUUGCUCAUCUAUAGUUUUCUGCGGCAUAGGUGUUUUCUUUGUCCACUGGCUAAUCCUUCCUUUAGCGCUUUAUAUUAUAUUCUCCUUUGUUGUGUUUACCUAUUAUCAAGUGGACUUGUCUCCGGAUGAUCGAUACCGAGUAGCUAGAAGGUUUUCAUAAAUAAAAUAAAAUGUUAUUGCUCUGUGA